AUGUUUGAAGUUGCAAAUUUGGUGCCUCAAAUAGAAGGGAAAAAACAAAAAGAAACUUCAUCAUCAUGUGAAAAUGUUCCUCCUGUACAUGGUAGGCCAUGCACAAAUGUUUGUCUCAGAUCAAAGCUGAGCAAUCAUCAGAGAAAUUUAAGUUUAGAUUUUCGAUCGAUGGGAAUUUUACUCCCUCCAGUUGCUCAAAUUACGACAAUGCAUCAACGUAAUAGGAGUCUCGAUUCUGCACUGCAGAGAAUACCAGAAGUUGAUGUAACUCCUAGUCCAGAAUGUGAAUAUCCGUCCUCCACAAAUUCGAAACCAUCAGCACAGAAUAUGCCUAUGAGUAGUGGAGAUGCUAUAAAAAAUCGAGAAGAUCUGACUAGUUUAGGUUCGGAUGAUUCGGGUAUACUUUGUAGCUCUGAAGGAGAUGCGACAACGAGAGAAUCAUCUGUCGAACAAUUAACAAGCAUAGAUCACAGUAGGGAAAGUUUAAAUUCUAAUGUGGCAUCAUGCAGUACUAGCGAUGAAUCUGUUGUUACUCCAAGACUUGUAGUGAAAGAAGAAAUUCCUAUUCCAUUGACGAAAAGGAUUUUAAUGAGUAAAAAAAUUACAUUUUUUUCUAAGAAAUCAUUACACAAAGACAGUGAAUUAAUGACAAAAUUAAAAGAUAAUAUUGAUGAAAACAGUGCGGGUUGUUCGGAACGUCGUGAAAGUGAUGUUGAAAUUCUACCCGAUGAAAAUUCCACGAGCCCCGAUAAUAAAACAUUCGGUGACCAUCAGAAUAAAACAACGAGUGACGACGAUGUUUCUCUCACCCCCGCGGAAAACACCGUUCGCGUUUCUGAGGGUAAAAGUUUUUUACUUAGACUAUUCGAGUGCGAGUCUUUCGACAUGUCCAUGGCUAUAAUAUAUUUAUCAAAUUCGAAAGAACCCGGCGUUCAAAGUUUCAUAGCGAAUAAAUUAUUCGAUUUUCCAAACGUCGAAGUCGAUUUUUAUUUACCACAGUUGGUAUGCAUGUAUUUGCAAAUGCCGGAUGUCGCGGAGGUAAUACAUCCAUAUCUAGUCCACAGGUGUCGUCAAUCCGCGGAUUUUUCUCUCAAGUGUGCAUGGUUACUCGACGCCUAUAGUUCGGAUGCCCAAGUUCCGUCGAAAAAAAAAUCUAACGGUACGAAACUAAGAAAUUUGAUAUUAUCCGAUCAGUUAAGGCCGAAAGAUGGAGACGUAUGCCAUCACGUAAACUCGAGGAGAACAACAACAACAACGACGACGACGAAAGGAAAUGUAGAAGUCAAAUUUUCAAAUUCUGAUGAUAAACAAACAUGUCCUUCUUCUUCAUCAUUAUCAUCAUCAUCAUCAAAUGUAAACAUUAAAACUCAUCAGAGAUCAAAAUCGGAUGCAUCUAGUCUCAUAAAGGGAAAUAGAAAAAUCACCACAUUUGGAGGAACCAUGAAAGUUAGCUUGGGUGACAUGGGUUCAGGUCAUGCUUUCGACAAUGGAUGUAAUUGUUUUGAUUCUUGCACGGGCAUCGUGAAUAAUCUCCGCGGACAAAAGACUGAGUGCACAUGCAAUGCACCAAGACUCGCACCCGAAUUAGAAUUUAUAAAAGCGUUGAUCUCUAUUGGUAAACUCCUCGGUUCGAUGACGAGUAAAGAAGCGAAAACGACUCGUUUGUUGGCAGAGCUCAGCGUCGUGAACGUCAAUCUACCUGCGAGAGUAUGGUUGCCCCUUCAUUCGAACAUCCCUCAUCACGUCGUUCGUAUUCCGCCUCAGGCAUCCGCCGUUCUCAAUUCGAAAGAUCGGGCUCCCUACAUAAUAUACGUGGAAGUGUUGCAAGUCGAUGAUAUCUACGACUCUCCCGUGCCUCCGAAAAUGAUGAACGCUUUGAGACACAUCAAAUCCGAAGAAAAUCUAAUCAACGAACCCUCUUCUUCUUUUCCAUCCACGCAACCCGCGAACCGCGAAGAUGACGACAUUUGUUGGUCUCAGGAAGACGAUGAAAUAUCACAGCAGUACAUACAGUUGAACAGAUCCGUGGAUCGGGAUACAAUAUCGCAAAUGUCGCAGGAAUCGAGCGAUUCGAGAGAACCGCCCACCGUGUUCGCCGCUGGAGAUAUCAGGAGAAGACUUUCAGAAUCUUUGCACGAUACGAGACAGAAAACAUUUUCGCGGGAUCCGGAAGAUCCCUCGGCGGCAGCACUGAAAGAACCCUGGGAAGAAAAGGAAAGAAGAGUGCGAGAAUCGUCACCCUACGGUCAUCUUUCCAAUUGGAAACUUCUUUCCGUCAUUGUCAAAUGCGGUGACGACCUUCGUCAAGAACUCAUGGCAUCACAGUUACUCAUGGUUUUGCAAAGAAUAUGGGAAACGGAAAGAGUACCUCUUUGGGUUAGACCGUACAAGUGA